UGGGCGUGAUAAUAAGACAGGGAUACACUAUCUAAAAAUUCUAGGAUCCGCCAUUGCCAGUGGAUCCUCGAUCUGAAGAAUGCUCGCCUAGAAAGGUCCACGUAAUAUAGUGACCGUUUACAAACUCUGUUUACUCGUUUAUUUUCCUUCCAACGGAGCAUAACUUAGAAAUAUGGAAAAGUUGAUCGUUGUCGUCACUGCCCUUUUCAUCCUCUUUUCCUUCGCCUCAGCCAAGUUUUCAAUUUUCAAUGAAUUUGGGGCCGAUAAUCCCAGCAAAGAGCUCAAUUUGUUCCCUAAAAACCCAAUUAACAUAAUCAAUAGCUCUGACAAUGUCGAUUUUUCUCAAAGUGGCCAAGAACUCGUCGAAAAGAGGUUUAAAUUUCCCAAUUUCUACGACCCUAAAGGUGCCUCUGUUGAAGAAUUGGGCCAUCACGCUGGUUAUUAUCAGAUUCAACGCUCUCAUAAUGCAAGGAUGUUCUACUUUUUCUUUGAAUCACGGAACAGAAAAGAAGACCCUGUUGUUAUCUGGUUAACUGGAGGGCCUGGUUGCAGCAGUGAGUUGGCUCUCUUUUAUGAAAAUGGGCCAUUCAAGAUUGCGAACAACCUGUCCCUUGUGUGGAAUGAGUAUGGCUGGGACCAGGCUGCCAACCUUAUCUUUGUUGACCAGCCUAUUGGGACUGGAUUCAGUUACUCCACUGACAGACGUGAUAUACGACGUGAUGAGAGUGGGAUUAGCAAUGAUUUGUAUGACUUUUUACAGGCAUUUUUUACCGAGCACCCAGAUUUUUCAAAAAAUGACUUCUACAUCACUGGAGAAUCAUAUGCUGGUCACUACAUUCCUGCCUUUGCUGCUUGUGUUCAUAGAGGCAACAAAGCUAAGAAAGGAAUCCAUAUCAACCUCAAGGGAUUUGCUAUUGGGAAUGGGCUAACUGAUCCUGCAGUGCAGUAUAAAGCUUAUCCUGAUUAUGCACUAGAGAUGGGUUUGAUCAAGAAAUCAUCUUACAAUGUGAUCACCAAGAUGGUUCCUCUGUGUGAAACGGCAGUAAAACUCUGUGGUACAAAGGGUACAGUCUCUUGUAUGGCUUCAUACCUACUAUGCAACACAAUAUUUGCAAGCAUUAAACUGCAAAUUGGUGGUACUAAUUAUUAUGAUAUCAGGAAAAAGUGUGAGGGUCCCCUCUGCUAUGACUUCUCAAACAUGGAAAAGUUGUUAAAUCAGCAAUCUGUUAGGACUGCCCUUGGUGUUGGUGACAUUGAUUUCCAGUCUUGUAGCACCACUGUGCAUCAGGCCUUGCUUGUUGAUUGGAUGAGAAAUCUUGAGGUUGGCAUCCCAGCUCUUCUUGAGGAUGGGAUUCAGUUGCUUGUAUAUGCUGGAGAAUACGAUCUCAUCUGCAAUUGGCUUGGUAACUCAAGAUGGGUACACGCUAUGAAAUGGAGUUGUCAGCAAGAUUUUGAAACAUCAGCUGAGGUUCCUUUUGAAGUUGAUGGCUACGAGGCAGGAAUACUUAAGAGCCAUGGCCCUCUGAGUUUCCUCAAGGUUCAUGACGCUGGUCAUAUGGUUCCUAUGGAUCAACCCAAGGCAGCCUUAGAAAUGCUGAGGAGAUGGACCCAAGGUUCACUUUUGUCGUCAACUUCCCUUCCUGAAAUUUUAGUUGCUUCACAGUGAUACCUUCACUUCAACUCCCGUCACUUUUCAGCUGCGCAGCACUGUGUAUAUUUUCCCUGGCAUGAAAGAAAUGCUAUCCAAAGUCUUUAUAGAGUUUUACUGUCAUUUCUUAUCAAUUGCACUUGGUCAGUUUGGUUGGCAAUGCUGCAUCCUGUGUGUUAAACAUGCGAUUGUUCGACUUUACACUUACUUUUUCUUCUAUUCUUUUGUUUCUUAUUUCA